UUUGAAUUGGAGCCCAAUAUUGUCAAUACACUUCACAAAGAGGAACGAACUGUAAAAUAGGCACUGUAGACGAUAAAAAUCUAGGGUUCCAAAUGGCCCUCUUUUGCCCACCUUGUAAACCCCCAAUUCCGUGCCCUAAAUCUCAUCGGAAUUACGCAAUUCGAACACCAUUUACAGCAAUUACGUCGAUUCCCAGAAACCCUAAUUCCGAAUUUUUAAAAAUUUCAAUUUCUGCUCCUGCUAAACUUAUCGAUUCAUUUAUCCAUAAAAACAAACCCAGCUCAAGUUUGAGUUAUCCAGGUGAAUUGGAUAAAGGGGCUUCCUCCAAUGUGAUUAUCUUCAUCAAAGGACUAGCGCAAUCGACUUCAGAGGGAGGGCUAAAAUCGGAAUUUUCACGAUUUGGAGAAGUCAGUCGAGUCAAAAUCGUAAGCGACAAGAAAACGAAGCAACCCCUAGGGUUUGCUUACGUCUGGUUUGCUAGAGAAGACCACGCACAAGCUGCUGUGGACGAAAUGAACGGACAUUUUUUCGAGGGCAGAUUUAUACGCGUGGCAUUUGCGAAGCCCGGAUCUUGCAAAGCCCGUUCGGAGCCUAGUCCUUACAAGUUCUAGACGAUGUGUAAGAUUAUAAAAAAGUGGGUCCCACCUGUAAGUAUCGUAUGUAAUCACGUCGUUCCUACCAAACGGGCCCUUAGUAAUGCCGAUAAUAUGUAUAUAUGAUGCAUGUAGAUACUGAAUUAUGGUUAAAGAAGAUCCAGAAUAUUGUAAUCUUACCUUGUGGCCCCACACACUUGGCACGUGACCAAAUUGUACUAGUUAUUUUUGUAGGGGGUUAAAAUAUCAUCAUAUACUAUAUAUGUGUAUAUCUUUGUGUCAUAUAUCCACCAGCUUGGUGCCACGUGUCAUGUGAUUACAGCUCAAGUGGAAGACUUUGAAUUGGAUACCA